UCUGGGAUAAGAGCUUCCCAGUGACCAUGAACGUAACCAGUACAACAAUCAGUCCCCCAAACCACACACACAGUUGUGAACCGCCUUACGAUGAAGAAAACCCACUUCCACUUGUGGUUCUCUACAGCACAGUCCUCACAUUAGGCCUGCCCGCUAACCUGAUCACAGUCUUCCUCACGGUCCUCGAAGUGUGUCAGAAGAACGUCCUAGGAAUCUACCUCUUCAGCCUGUCAGUGUGUGACCUGAUGUAUCUUGGCACACUUCCACUCUGGGCCAUUUACAUCAACAUGGGUCACCGCUGGGAGUGGGGCUCUCUGUCCUGUAAGCUCAUGGGGUACGUAUUCUUCAACAACAUGUACAUCAGUAUCUUCUUGAUGUGCUGCGUUUCCGCAGACCGUUUUGUGGCGGUGAUCUACGCCGUGGAGUCUCGAGGUCUGAGAAGGAUGAGGCAUGCCGUGAUCACCACCGUUGUGAUUGUGGUGGUCAUUGCUGUGGGACACGUGCCGGUUUUCAGCAUGACAGAGGGCGAGUCUGAGAAAAUGAAGGAGAAGCGGUGCUUCGAGCCAAGGACGGGCCUCAACUAUGCCCGCUUCUUCAUCGGUUUCUUCAUCCCGCUGUGCAUUUUAAUAGUCACCAACUUGGCCAUCAUUGCUAAAGUUCAAACUAGCACAGGUUUGAAGCCACAGACCAAAAUCAAAAUACGUAACCUGGCCUUUGCAGUCAUCUUGUUCUUUCUGGUCUGCUUCACGCCGUACCAUGUGAUCCUUUUGCUACGUGCCAUCAAUUUCCACUUUUCGAAUGGGAAAUGUGACUUUGAAAGAAGGAUUUACACACCCUAUACAAUCUCUCUGGGUCUGUCUACCAUCAACAGUGCCAUAAGCCCUGUUUUCUAUGUGCUUAGCAGCAACAGUGUUCAUAAGUGA